AUGAACGCCAUCAUGAAAAUCACAUUAGCCGCCGUUGCAGUUUUCGCCUCCACCAUGAUGACCGCUUCUGCCAAACCAUCUGGACUAGUUCCGGCCGCCGCAAUCGCUCCCGUGGCCGUGGCCGCCCCCUACGCUAGCUCGUUCACGUCACACAGCGUAGCCCACAGCGUGGCUACUCCGGUCUUGCCGGCCGCUCCGUACGUGGCCGCCGCUCCAUACGCCGCGGCACCCUACGUUGCAGCACCCUACGCGGCUGCCCCUUACGUCGCCGCGGCACCUUUCGCAGCCGCCCCGUACGCAGCAGCACCAUACGCAGCUUCCCCUUACGGUUACUACCCGUACGCCGCUCCGGCUUACCUGUAA